GAAAAACAAGGAGAGGGCGGGGUACGGUAGCGGCUAUAGUGCUGGUAUUUCUUGAAAAUGUUAUGCCUCUGGUCUUUUAAUGGCUCUUAAAAUAGCUUUAUUUGUGUUUAUAACAACAUUAUUUUGUUACCAUAUACAAAUUUUAACAGUUAUAUCUCAACUCUUUAUGUGAUCUUGACAGUUUGGGUUAAAAACUCUGUAUAACUUUCUCUAGGCUUAUGUGGUUAUUAAAAUCAUUAACUAGUGAAGCUUGUUAUCGUUUGAACAAAGUCGGUCUCUACAAAGUAGGUCGCGAGGAUGCUGACAUCAUUUUACAGGAUAAAUUCUGUAGUCGAAGACAAGCGAUUUUUUACGUAACAAAAAGCUUCUCUAAUGAACUUAAGGAUAAAGAAAGUAGACUUGGUCAUAGCGAACUCAGAUUAAAAGUUUUAAGUUCCAGGAGUGGAACAUAUAUUAACGAAAAGCGUUUAUGUAAAGAAGAAACUGCCCUUCUAAGUAGUCAAGACCUUAUAAAGUUUGGCUCUAGAGAGUUUUUUAAAGUUACUUCUGAGCCUCUUAUUGUCUGCUCCUCACACACUACUGAUUCUGAAUUAAAAGAAAUUAAAGAGCAAGUUGAAGUUUUAGGGGGGGAUUAUGUGGACCAGUGGACGCAAAACUGUAGCUUAUUGGUCACAUCUUCUCUCGUUGUAACUCCAAAAGUCCUUCACUGUCUUCUGGAUGCCAAACCGGUUGUCACCGUUCGGUACCUCGAGGAUUCAACAAACUUAAACUCGCUUCAUCUAAACUAUAAAGAUUAUCUUCCCACGGCCCAGGAUCCCAGGAUUAGUGAUUCUUAUUCAUUUCUGCCUAAUAGUAAAAGGUCCUCCUUGUUUCGCACCCUCCACUUUAUUUUCUUCAAGUUUGAAAAUUCUGAGUGGCUUAAGUCUCUCGCGAUCUCUGCAGGGUCGACAGUAGACUUUUUUAACAGGCGACGCCUAAGUGAAUACAGCUGCACCGCCGGUCUUUGGGUGAUAGUAGGCCUGAGGAAGCCGGAGAGCGUUUACAAGUUUCCUUUAGCUUACGAGAGAUUAAACGAGAGGACUGCCUUGGGAAUAGACCUGAUUCAAUCCAUUCUUCUGUGUGACGCAUCCUUCUUUUUUACAGAGGAAUGUUUUAUCUUUUUAGUCGCAAUACUUUAUAUUAACGUUUAUUAUCAGCCUUCGACAAAUUUGGACGUUAAAAGUACUGAUGUGUUCACCUCUGAAUUUUCCUCUGAGAAAGCUGUAAGCCAGGAAAAAAACAAUUCUUUGGAUUCGGGACUUUUUACUUUUGACAACUUUGAUCAGCCUCAACCUGACGAUUCUAGUAGUUCCGAGACCGCACAGAUCGACUCCGCUCCUCAGUUGAAUGCAAUCUUUUUUGAUCACUUUCAACCGGAGCCGUUAAAAAAAGAAGCGAAUGACAAUCUUGGAGAUACCACUACUGCUUUGGGAAAUGUUAUUUUUACACCACUAUACUGUAAGAAAAGAGACAAAAGUGGUGUAGCUAAAGACACCUUGAUAAAUAGAAAAAGGUUUAUAAAGAAUUGGCGGGCGAGUUGUCAAAAACCAAUAAGAUUAAUCUCCUCUUCGUAUUUAAAAAGCCACACGGACUAACUGAGGAACACUGAUUUUUGAAUAUCAAGUUUGCAGGGGAAGUGCAGAACUGCGCCUAACUUAACGAACGCCUUUUAGCUUUGUCUGGCUAAGCCUGCAAUAUCGAGAUUUAGUAGAACUGAUAAUUUUAUUUGUAUAUAAAAAAUUAUCCUAAACAAUUUAAAAAAAUGAUGGGCAGAUAAAUAAUCUGAGGGAUAAGUUUAAAAGCCAGUGAGGACCAGCAUAAAUAUCUGCAAAUAACUUAAUUGGUCGGUGUAAUAGGGGUCAGAUACAGUGAAUAGCUUAACUUAUUUGUAUAUUUAUACGUACCCUCCUUU